AUGGCCAAAAAAGACACCGAGAACGUCGAGCAGGUGGUGGAAGAAGUAUACUCAGAUAAGGAGGUGAAAGAUAAGACAGAGAAAAAAACAAAGUCUGGGGAACAGAAAAGGACAUCGAGACCAUUGAUCCCCAACUAUUGGCAUCCCGACCUGCCCGACAAAACUACCGUGGGAUUUCCAAAUGGCGGAGUGGACUGCUAUCGUAAUGCCGUCUUCCAAAUGAUUCUACAUAUGCCGAUUUUCUACAAUUGGCUCAUGUGGUACAAGGAGCACCAUGCCCCAGAGGGUCACCUUUGCAAACUGGGCAUCUCCAAUGAAGGUCCCACGGAAUGUCAAGUUUGUCAACUGGCUACAAUCGCUCGAGGUUACUGGGCAGGGGAGACUAAAAGCUGGAAGCCUGCCUUUAGAUCCCUAACACGCUCACUCUUGCAAGGUUGGAAACCAGCUGGGACAGACUCGGAACAAGACCCGGCAGAGUACUUUGAUGUGCUUUACAACGCGAUCAAAAGCAGCACCAAGACUAUGAUGCAAGGAGACUUGGAAGAUAUGUUCCAGGUCGAAAUCAUCAUGGCGAUGAAGUGCGCUGGAAAAAACCCUUGUGAGCCCAAAUACAUCCCACGACAGCAACUAUUCAUGAUGAUCAACUUAUCCGGGGAGGAGGGCGAUGAACUCCCCGCAAAGCCGACGUUGAGCGAUAUCAUCGCCCAGCACUUUGAUCACCAGGACGAUUACGGUGUGUGUGAGAAAUGUAGAGGCACCAGGACUUCCACGGACCAAAUUGGAAGUUUUCCUGAGCUUCUCUUGGUUCAGCUCAACCGUACCAGUGCGAUGGGCGAGAAGAUCAACACUCGCGUAUAUCUGAGCGAGGAGUUAAAUAUCGAGACCCGAUUUAUCGAUGAACGCUGGGGUAACAAACGGAAAGUUAUCCGGUACAAGUUGACCUCAAUGGUCUUGCAUCAUGGCAGGGAUGUAACACAAGGUCAUUACAGCAUGGGGGUUAAAGGUAAAGGAGAUCAGUGGGUCAAGGCGAAUGACCAGGAAAUCACCGACUGGUUGCCUGAAGGACGUGGAGGCUACCCAAACCAUCUCGAUACCGGUUAUCUCUUUACAUACCGCCGGUUACCCACGGAUGAACCAGUACAGAUAGCUGAGGGAGAAACAGCUGGGGGAGAAACAGCCGAGGGAGGGAACACCCCAGGCCCCGAAGACAUGCAAGAUGACAACUCCAAUUUAUUCGGGAAUUUUGAUUAUGGACCUCCCCCAGACCCAGGCCACAAUAUCCCGAGCGAUUCCGAGGGGAUAGCGGAGUUACUGGAUAUGAUCAUUCCCAAGGUCCUCGAUAAUUACAUAGCUCGCACGGCGGAAACGAGGCGCAAGGAGUUUGAGAAAUGGGCGCGUGGAUGGGAGAAGAAAAUGGGAGCCAAAGAGACUUCUGCUAUUGGUCCGGACAUGGGUGACAACGAGGAAAUAGUCAACUGGACUAAGGAACGAGGGCGACUGGAGAUAACUUUGACUGCAGAUAAAGGAAAAGGGGCCAAAUUGUUGGAUCUUGAAGUUCAAGGAAUGCACUUCAAUAGGCUCAACAAUAAACGAGACAGGGAGGAAGAGACGGAAGUUGAAAAGGAAAAAGAAAAAGAAAAGAAAUUUAUAAACAUCUUCAGCAAAGUAAAAACCAAAGCGAAGGACUAUGAGGAAACUGGAGAGAAAGUUGUGAAGAAGAAGAAGUACGGGAUAUUGGGAGCAGGGGGGAGUUGA